AUGAUGGCUCUGAUGUGGGGGGAGGUGAUAAGGUUGUUCUGGGCUGGUGUCUCAGCACAGUGUCACUGCUGCACUAGAGUCCACCCUCCAUGUGGAGGCAGAGCACACUCUUCUGCUCUGGGACCAUCACACUGACAAGCUACAGCUGUAAGGCACAGGAGGCAUGGCCCUGUUCCCUCUGGUGCUGUGGUCUCUACUCCUGGAAUGCUGGUCCCACUCUCCAGGCUCUGCUGGAGAGGAGUCUGUGAGUCUCCUGGAUUCAGAAACUCACUGUCAAGGCCUCCUGCAUGUGGGGCACGGUGGACAGCAGGGCCUGGUGUGUGGGGACCACUGGAGCAUGCAAGAGGCCUUGGUGAUCUGCAGACAGCUCAACUGCAGCAAGGCACUAUAUACAUUUCAACAUAUCUUGAUGCCCCAAGACAUAAAACCACCCUGGCUGUAUGGUGCCCAGUGCCAGGGUGAGGAGGCCUCUCUCUGGCAGUGCUCCCUGGGUGACUGGGGGCCCAUCAGUGGCUGUAAAUGCCAGUGUGUGGUAGUUGUCUGGUGCUCAGAUGGCUUCAUGAGAUCAGUUAGACUGAAUGGAGGAGGUAGCCCCUGUGCUGGGAUCCCUGAAGAACUGAACAUAGGCACUGAUUCUCUGAGAUGUGAACUGCAAAAGGAGGAAGCAAGUGUUCUUUGCAGAGAACUGGAAUGUGGCACCGCUUUGCAGUGGUUCAGAGCCCACCCUGGAGGACUGCUUGGUGGCCAGGAGCAGAGAUUUGUGACGUGUCAGGGAACAGAGCCCAGCAUUUUCUACUGCAAGUCCAAUAGUAACUUUCUGAAACAGUGUGACCUUGAAGUCUACACUGAAGUGGUGUGCACAGGACAUGUAGAAGCUCGGCUUGUUGGCAGCGAUGACCCUUGUGCUGGGCGCCUGGAAGUACAGAGGGGCCUGACGUGGGGCACAGUCUGCGAUGCUGACCUGGACCUGCCCACGGCCCAUGUGGUGUGCCGGGAGCUGCAGUGUGGAAAGGCCGUGUCCACAUUUGGAACUGCCCGCUUUGGCCGGGGCUCAGGGCCCGUGUGGAUGGAGGCCUUCCGUUGUGUGGGCAACGAGUCUCUGCUCUUCCACUGUCGGCGGGAGCCUGGGAGUCAGUGCACCCAUGAGCAGGAUGCUGGGCUCAGGUGCUCGGGAGAAAAGUUCCGGCUGGUCAAUGGCAGCAGCCCCUGUGAGGGCCGUGUGGAGCUCCAGGUGCAGGGAGUCUGGGCACCCCUCUGUGCAGCCCACUGGAGCUUAGCAGAUGCCAGCGUCCUGUGCCACCAGCUCAACUGUGGGAGUGCAGCUGCCAUACCACGAGGAGGCCAUUUUGGAACUGGAGAUGCUCCCAUCUGGCCAGAUGUGCUCCACUGUGUGGGGACAGAGCCCCAUUUGUUGAGCUGCCCAUCCAGCACUUUGGGUGCGAAGCCCUGUGCCAAAGGAAAUGCUGCCUCUGCCUCUUGCUCAGGUCUUGCUGGAGCCCUUAGACUCAGGGAUGGACAGAGUCGUUGUGAUGGUCGUGUGGAGGUCUCGCUGGAUGGAGUGUGGGGCCGCGUCCUAGAUGACGCCUGGGACCUGCGUGAUGCCAGCGUCGUGUGCAGGCAGCUUGGGUGUGGAGAGGUGGAGCAAGCUUAUGAUGCAUCAGCCCCUGGCCAUGGAGUCCUUCCUGUGGGCCUGAGCCAGGUGCACUGUGACGGCUCAGAGACCCGUCUGACCCAGUGCAAUGUGUCUGUGACCCUGCUGGCACCUGUGGGGACCUCACGAGAUGUGGGUGUGGUGUGCUCUGGUGAGUCUGUGCUCCAGGCUUCCCCUGCCUUGGGCCUCACAAAGCCUGGCAGGUCCUUACUCAACCUCUUCUCAGGGAGCCUUCAGGUGCGGCUGGCUGGGGGCCCUGGCCGCUGUGCUGGGCGAGUGGAGGUGCUGCAGGCAGGCACUUGGGGCACUGUGUGUGACGACGCCUGGGACCUGCAGGACGCACACGUGGUCUGUGAGCAGCUGGGUUGUGGCCGUGCCCUGAGUGCACCAGGGGCUGCCUACUUCGGAUCAGGAUCCGGGCCAAUCUGGAUGGAUGAGUUGAGCUGCCUGGGCAAUGAGUCUGCACUUUGGCAUUGCCCAUCGCCAGGGUGGGGACAGCACGAUUGUGGGCACAAAGAGGAUGCUGGGGUCUUCUGCACAGAAUUCACAGAUCUUAGGCUGCAGAAUUAUGGACAGCCAUGUGCUGGGCGGCUGGAAGUUUUCUACAGUGGGACUUGGGGUGGAGUCUGCCACAUCCUGAACCCUGCCUCCCUGGGCCUCCUGUGUGGCCAGCUGGGCUGUGAGCCCCAAGGGCAGCUGCUGGCAAGGCCAGAGAGCUGGCCUUCCCCUGCAGUUUUCUGGCUGACUUCCAUUCAGUGCAGGCCCAAGCAUGACAGGUCCCUGUGGCAGUGUCCUUCAACCCCGUGGGACCAGCAUUCCUGCUCUAGCAGUGAAGAGGCCUGGGUCCUGUGUGCAGGAAAGAAAGGAGAAAUUCCUGAGGAUCCUGAGCAGACCCUUAACUGCUCCUUCACGCUCAGUUGCCCAGAGGAGGGUGCACUGCGCCUGCGAGGCGGUGAUGAUGACUGCUCAGGGCGUGUGGAGCUCUGGCACAUGGGCUCCUGGGGCACUGUGUGUGAUGAUUCCUGGGACCUGGCAGAUGCAGAAGUCGCGUGCCGCCAGCUGGGCUGUGGUCAGGCAGUGAAUGCCACGCAGGGGGCUGCCUUUGGUCCUGGGUCAGGACCUGUGUGGCUGGAUGAGGUGAGGUGCCGUGGAAGUGAGGCUUUCCUGUUGGACUGUCCCACAGAACCACUGGGAUUUGGAGAUUGUGAUCACAAGGAAGAUGCAGGAGUGAGGUGCUCUGGAGCUCCUUUCUUGGCUCCUGCAUCUGUGGUUGAGCCCUGGACCCUGCCUGAGAUUGCCUGCCUGGUUCUUGGCUGCCUGUUGGGCCUCAUCUUCCUACUUUUCGGUGUUCAGCGGAGCCGCCACAUGCUUACCUUCAUGGGUUCUAGAAUGUCAGAACACCUGCCUUCAGAGGGUGUGUAUGAGGACAUUGAAGCUCUUCCUGUGGAGAAGAAAGAGGAGAGACUCUCAUUGUCUGGAAACUUCGUGCUGGAGGAGGGUUAUGAUGAUGCUGAAGAUCCUGAGAAAGACUGUGUUGAGGAGACAGAAGUGGAAGAGCAGAGUCACUGCUGAGCAUUGCAGGGUCCAUUCUAUUCUAUAUGUUCCAUGAGGAGAGCUCUGCUCAGUCUGCUUAGUCUGGCUGUUACAUUUAAAUGACCUGAGAGCUGUGUCUCUGAGUCUGUUACCCUUAUUGCUAUCUCUUAUUUGGGACUCUAUGCCUUCCCCUUCUUCCUUCAAGGAUAGACCUUAAACUCAAUCUUCUCUUUGGCCUAUGUGUUGUUAUGUCCUUUGUUUUCCUUCAGGUUUCUUUUGUAGUUGCCCAGUAUCCUCCCCAGAACCUGGUUGAUGAUGGGUUUUAGGAGGUGCCAUGGAUGGGCAAUAUAUGGACAGGGGGGAUUCCAGAUGAGAGACAUUUUAUCACCUGAUCUACUAUAUGCAGUUCUUGUCUGUCUGUCUGUAUGUUUGUGACUGUGCUCCUCAGUGGUUACCAGCAGCUUAGUACUUAUGUGGUCCAGAAUAAUACAUGACAAUCACAGUUCACGUAUAUCUCAUUAUACUGAGGUAUGAAUCCAUGACAUCUUCCAUGGAUUGGAAGGUGGCAGCAUUCACCGGCCCAAUACACAGGAACCUGGGCUGACCAUUGGGACCAUGAGUGUGUCUGGAGGAUGGGUUAAUCUUGGAGGCUGGCAUCUGUCUUGCCCUCAUUCUUCUAACAGCUUACAUUAACUGUACUGUGAUCUGUCCCUGUCAGGUAGUUUUAUGAGGUUCCACCAGAUCUUCCUUGUAAUCUGGGUCCACUUCUCUCCCUCACUUCUCUGCCUUUGUGUGUCUCCUUUUCAUCCUGCUCCUGCAGCUUUCCUUGUGUUUGGAGAGGCAUUUCCUGAUGAAGUGUGUAUGAUGACCCCACCUGCCACGUGUGAGCAGAGCUUGUCUUCCUUUCAUAGGAAGUGGAUGCACUUGAAACUCUGUGACUGAUGUCCUGUUCUUGAAAAUAAAUCCUGAAUGUUU